AUGCACCCUCAGUUGGAUAGAAGGAGAUUCGAGUCUUGCGAGAAGCUUAUGGAUGCUUUGGAGGAAUGCCACAGAAAGGAGUUCAUCAUGAAGGCCAUGGGCUUGUGUAAUUUCGAGAAGGACGAAGUUGCAAAGUGUUUGCACUAUGUGAGAACCGAAGAUGCUAAAGACAGAAUCAGGGACUCGAGAGAGAAGAUGAAGCAACAAGAGUUGAGGAGAAAGCAAAAGGAAGAGGAAUUAUACGGAAAGAAUGGAUAUUUGAAGAAAAUGAUCGAAAGAGAAGCUGAAAAGAAAAGUAAAUAA